CUCUGUUCUAAGACUAGAGGAGAGGCAGUGCUGGGGAAUAUACUGCAGGGCAUGAUCCUGCCCUGGCCGGGCUGGGGUGCAGCAGGUGGCCCAGUAGGGCCAUUCCAUCUCUAGGGUCCUUGAUGCUGUCUGGCUAGCCCUUCUCUGCUGGCUUCUGGCUGAGGAAGGAAAGCCCCAGAGCUCCACACUCGGGUUCGUGGCCAACAGCAAAGGCAGGAAAAAAGAACAAGGGAAGGACGGAUAAAGAAACUCCUCUGAGAAUGUCCGACCAGGAGAUUGAGGACUUUGAAGUGGACAAUCUGUCUGACACGUCCCGGAUGAUCCCCGGCCUCCCUCCUUACGACAUGGACGACCAGCUUCUUCCCCUGGAGCCCCGGAGCACCUGCUGCUGCUGGGCUUGGACCCUGCUGAUCGUCGCCACGAACUCUCUGGUCUUCCUCGUGAACUUGCUCCUGGUGGUCACCAUCUUUGCCGUCGUGCUGCUGCCGACGAUCGUGGUGGUGUACUUCGGCUUCCAGUGCCACUCCCGGGUGCUGCACUCCUCCGCCUCCUACUGCAAAACCAUCCUGGACGACAACAGCGCCUCUGCCCUCAUCAUCCUCGGCUUCGUCAUCAUGUCCCCGCUCAUCGUGGUGGCCAUGGCCGUCUACUGCAGCCUGGCGCGGCGCCUCCGCCUCUUCCUAUGCUUCCAGCCCUACGCUCGGGCCGUCUACAAAGGGGUGAAGUGGCGCUGGUACGAGGAGGGAGGGCUGUGCAGCUGUGCCAAGGAGUGGAGCACUCAAGUCAAGGCCUGGGUAUGAGCUCGCGGCACCAGCUCCCCCAGCCCCCUCCCCCCAGUACAUCCCCCCUUGGCACCUGCAAAGUCACCAUCUGGAGUCCUGGUAGGCAUAGGCUCUCAGGUCCUACGGGACAGAGGAAUGAGCUGGGUCUGGAAUGAACCCCUCUCCUGUAGCUGUACCUAAGCCUGUAACCCUCAGCAGGUUCUCCCCACUGUGAUGGAAAGGCACCAAAGCACAUGGACAAAAGCGUGUCAAAGGGGCUCGCCCUCCUGCUACUUACGCAGGGCCAGUCAUGUCCCGGCUGGUACAGAAGAGACAGGACUCGCUGACUUAGAAAUGGGGAUGCUUCACUGAGGCUGCUGGACACAGACAGGCCCUGUGGUUCUCCCUGGCUCCCAACUUUGUGCGGCUUGGCAUCAGAACACGGGAUCUCCUUACGUCAUGGACUAGACUGCGCAGUGAUGGAAGGGGCUGCUGACGGCGCUACAGGCACAAGGGAAAAGUAGCCGUGUGGUUAAAAAGCUGCAUCCUUUGUCCCAGAGAAGUGGCCCCCUGUAAAAUACACAUUCAGCCAGGAGGGGGUCCAUUGUGGCCCCCCCCUGCCUAGAAUCCUAUUGUGGCUGCACGGGUCUCUGGCCCUGCAAAUGCACCUGUGAGUCUGGGCCUUGUUGCGCUGUGACUAUGUCCGUCCCGCUUUGCACAGCUGCUCUCGUAGCAGGUUAUAAUGGUGACUGUGUUCCUUUUGUGAUUAGUGGGGACCGGGUGGCUUGGGGAAUCUCUACCGGGCUGUGGGUACCUUCCCCCCAGGGUGCUGGCCUGAACCCUGCCUGCUUUGAUGCUGGUUAUUGAAAUCUGAUGGCCACGCAAUGGCCUGCUAGACAUUGGGUAUUGUCCAGUGAAGUGUUUCCCAGACAGUGAGUCCCAACCUGCCA